AUGGCUCCGACGGAGAGAAUCCAUUACACAGAAGCUGUCAAAUGUCUAAUCGAUCUCCCUGCCAAGUUGACCGCAGUGGGCAGCUACCCUGGUGUUCGAAGGCGAUUCGACGAUUUUGUCGCAACGCAUAUCAAUUACACUCUCCACACCCAUUAUAGCGGACUCCUUCUCCCAUGGCACAGACACUUCCUUUGGCUGUUUGAACGCGCUCUUCAAAAUGAAUGCCACUAUCGAGGACAUCUUCCCUAUUGGAAUUGGCCUCUCUGGGCAGGAAGACUGCACGAAAGCCCUCUCUUCGACGGCAGCAACACCUCGCUCUCCGGCGACGGGGCAUACAACCCUGACGAAGAAGACAUCUCCGGCGGAGGAUUGACCUUCUCCCGCGGCUCAGGAGGCGGAUGUGUCCAACACGGUCCAUUCAAGGACAUGAUCAUCAAUCUGGGCCCUUUUCCCCGAUCCCUCCUCUCGCUGAGCCAAAUCCCCGCCCCUCGGUUUGACUUCAACCCCAGAUGCCUCAACCGAAGCCUCAACAACUUCAUCUCGUCUCAAUUUACCAGCGACCUCCACGUCUCCCGUCUCCUGGCUACCACGAACAUUGCCGAUUUCCAAAUGACGAUGGAUCAUUGGCCCGCCACGCCCAAUGGAGUGCUCGGUCUCCAUGGCGGCGGACAUUUCAGUCUCGGAUCGACCAUGCAAGAUCUAUUCUCUUCACCGCAGGAUCCGGCGUUUAUGCUUCACCAUGCGAUGAUUGAUCGACUGUGGGCCAGGUGGCAGGCCGAGGACGAGGCACGUCGGCGGUAUGCGAUUCACGGGACGAAUCGAAUCUUGAACCCGUCGUGGGCGGAGCCCGUCACGCUUAUGAUGGAGAUGGAAUUUGGAAUCCUGGAUGAGAAGAAGCGGGUGGGAGAGGUGAUGAGUCCGCUGAGGGGAGGGUUUUGUUACGGCUAUACUUGA